AACCUUAAUUGAAAUAGCUGUAUGUAGAUUUCAGAGAACGUAUGGUGCCGCACAGUGUGAUAAACUUCAACCUCGGCACAAGACAAUCUCGACUUGCAAAACGCUUUUGUAAACAAUAAGUAAAUUAUAUAGCAUAUGUAAAAUGGCAAAAAUUUUCUGCAACGUAAGAAAAUUUCCUGGGAAGAUAUUUUGCUAAAUAUUUCGUGAUAGCGAUGCUGCUGGUGCUGCCGGACAUUUUUCAGCACUGUUCCGAUCACUGGAUCAUGACUGGAUGGCAUGCAGAACAAUGGAAUUUUCAAAACAAUGAAAAGACAAUGGAACAUUUUGGUCACUGGAUCAUGACAGAUUCAAGGAUUUUCAAGUUUUGUACGAACCCUGUGUCCUACCUGGUUCUACUAAAUGUCAACAAAUAACCCAUACUUUGUGAGAACUUUAUCCCUUAUAAUCAAUAAAACUAUUGUUAGGUGUUAACCCGAUUAUGUAACAGACUGAAUGGGCAUUAAUCGAUACAAUAAUUAAAUGAUUGAUUGGAAAACCACAACCAAUGUUGUUUUAUAUUACUAGAUUACUCUGAAUGUGGUACUUCGUCAUUUAAACCAAUUCAUUCAAGAGCUCGAAUUGUAGGUGGAAAAAUAGCAAAUGAAGGAGACUGGCCUUGGGCAGUCAGGAUAUUGAUUGGAGGUAGGUAUAUCGCCAUCUUUCUUUGCUAUCUUUGUUCAUCCACACAUCACAUUUAAUUUCGAUUUAGAUAAGCACGCGUGUGGUGGAACAUUAAUCAAUCAAGAGUUUGUGUUAACUGCAGCUCAUUGUUUUGGAGUGGACAAAACCGAUCUACAUCAGUAAGUAUACAAUUACCACCAUACUGUCAUUGCUAUAACUAAUCACUACCAGCACCAUCAUUAUCAUCACCACUACGUUCACCACCGUCAAAAAAUCACCACUCCAUAACCACCUUCACCAUAACCAUCAUCACUAACGCCAUCAUCAUCAUCAAAAAACACUAACCAUUCCCAUUUUUUUCUAGUGUUAAAGUGUCACUGCAAGACAGGAAUCACAGCUGUCUUGCCCUCCACAUUCACCAUGACUACAACGCUAGAAACUACCGGAAUGACAUUGCACUGAUUAAAAUUCCUAAACUAAAACACUUCACACGAAACCAACAAGCAAUUUGUUUACCACGUGAAAUAAGCAUGGCGAAUAUCGUCAAAGAUGGUAACGAGAUGUAUGCAGUUGGCUGGGGGAGAACAACACCAAUCAAACCAAAAGAAUUUUCUAGUGUAUUACACUUAUCAAAUGAUCUGAAACAAGUCAAGCUACCGUUUAAAGCGAAUAAAUUCUGUGAAGAUAAUGUAAAAAAUAAGACUGCCAAGGAAUUAAAGUGGAUGAAGGAUAUUUGGUAUUUUAACAGUACCACACAGUUUUGUGCUGGUGACAUCACUGGCCAGCAAGAUACAUGCCAUGGUGAUAGUGGUGGUCCAACGAUGGUAUUUCAUACACAUCCAGUAAGCGGGAAACGGCGUUGGUUUCAAGUUGGUAUUGUAAGCUGGGGGUAUGGUUGCGCACAGAAGGGUGAGGUUGGAUUCUACACUAAAGUCUCCGCGUAUGUUGAUUGGAUAAGCCAGAUAGCACAACUAUCCAGCACAAACAGAAACAGAACGCACACGAUGAUUUUUAAAUACAAAGGUAGGCCGCUGAAUCUCAAAUAUAAAGGGCUGGAUUUGAUCUUUGUGCUGGAUACAUCAAGUAGUGUCACUAGAGAUAAGCUAACUAAACUAGCACGUACAAAUUUAAAAUAUUGCCUACAAAUUACAGACAGCACAUUUUUACAAAAAGAGUGGACAAGGAAUGGCAUUUUACACAGAUUGUUUAAAGUGUUUGUGGAACGCAAAUGCCAUGAAUACAUACCUGUGUUUUGCAUGCAAGGUUCUGGUAAAUAGAUGGAAUUUGAUAUUAGGUUAGCAUAGAUCGAUAAUGUGGUGGACAGUUGAAUGUUGUAAUUGGAGAUCUUCAAUAUGCUUUGCAUGUAAGGUUCUGAUAAAUAGAUGGAAUUUGAUAUUAGGUUAGCGUAGAUCGAGAAUGUGGUGGACAGUUGAAUUAAUGUUCUUGGAGAUCUUCAAUAAAAACUGAAAAGUUAAGGUGUUAAAUUUGCAAUCUUGCAAGUUAUUUAGUGAGCUGUUUCAUUAUUUUGUCUGGUGAAAGAUAUGAUUUUCUUUGAAUAUUUCUGUCCAGGUAGAACCAAUGACUAAUAUCUUCUCAGUGUGACCAUGCAUGGGGCCACCAAGGCUAUGCCUAAUUCUUGGCGAGCAGACACCUUGGCUGAGCUUGAUUGCAUCAAUAGGCAGAAAGUUGCAGGUGUGAGCUUCCUGUAACAACUGACUUGCAAUAGCGUCCGAUGAUCUUUAUCUCCAUGGACUGCUGCGGUCGGAAUGGAUGACGACCAGCCACCCUUAAUAGCUAUUCUUACCUUUAGCUCUGCAUGUGAUAAAUCUUCAUUAUCUGCUACAUUAUCUGUGCCCUUCAGGAGACGUACAGUACGAGCUUGUUGCCAUGGGCUAUAAAUCAGAAGUGCUUCGUUCUUUGUGGAGUCACAGAUUAAGUAUGAUCAGAUAUGUAACUUCAUAGGGCUUCGUUUCCUCAAAUUUUCCUGGAUGAACACGCAUGCUGACGCCAUGACACUUGCUAGCAAAAUGGCGUCCUGAAAAAACACGAACUUUUGCACUUUAUUGCGGCCUUUUUUUGAUCGAAAGGUUUGGAUUAAACAAUCAAUGUUGAAUGUUCAAAGUUGUUGAAAGCAAUUAAAGUUGUUGAAAAGGUGCUGAAAGCAUUUUUGAAAGCAAGACGCAUUACCAAAUGACGAAUUAUAUUCGUCAUUAUGUUCGAGCAUAAUUUAGCCAAAAGGACGAGUACUGCUAUCGAGAAAAGCCUAGUUGCUGCGCGGUUUGCCACUAAAAAUUAGCGGCGGGCAGACAAUGCCUGGUCUAAUGGCGUGCGAAAGGAUAAUUAAGGAUUAUAUACCACGGGGUGUGGUAUAUGCAUUCUCUGAGUGUCCUGCAGCUUAAUUUAGUCUUAACUGAGUUCAGUUAUUAGGUUUGCCAAUGUUAGAUAUUAGACACUAGAUUUAGAAAAGACGACGUGAAAAACACAAUGACGCGGUCUCAAUUUCAGCUCAAGAUUGAGAGCUAAGGAACUUGAUUACUAUAAUAAAUUGAAGCUUUUGAAAAUUACCUUUGGAACGGAUAAGUUCGAGAAAACCUGAUCUGGUAUCUGCUAUAGAUUUUAUGUAGCUCCUCCGACGUCGCAAUAAGCAUUGACGUUGCUCCAAUGACAUGAAAAUCGUGACGUUGUAUUCAGAAUGACAACGUUGUUUGAGGAUACCCCAGGGACCCCAAAUUAUUCAAUCGUUUUGUUUUGCAUGAAGAAUUUCUUCAUUUCGAAGCCGUGAAAUCUAUCAUAAAAUUUAACACACAACUUGUAUAUCUUGAUGGCAAUGCUGAACCGGUGAUGUUUUUUGUAGAGAAGUGCUCAGAUCCAUCAGGAAACACAAAUGCAAAUGUGAUAGGAAAGGAGUUCUAUCAUGGCAAGGAAGUAGAGUUUGUCUGUCCCAGAGAUUCCAUUCUUGUUCCUGCAAGGUCCAAAAAUUUGACAUGUCAAGAUGGACAAUGGAGAGGGACGAUACCUUCAUGUAAAGGUACGAUUAAUUAGAGGGAUUAAUGCGCGAAUAAAACAUGUUGUUGUUUUUGUUGUUGUUCUCGUCAUUGUUGUUUAUGCUGCUUCUGCUGUUACGGAUGUUGUCUGUUGACAUUAUUGUUGGUGGUAGUUUUUUGUUUUGCUGUCGUUUUUGCUUUUGGCGUUGUUGUCUUUAUCAAAGUAGUAGUUUUCCUGUUAUAACUUUUUAUCUAGAUUUCUAUCUCUUAGUUGCUAGGUUGUUGUUGUUUUUCUUGCUUUUGUCUUUACGUUUUUUAAUAUUUGUGGUUGUUACUAGUGCUGUUGUUAUAGUCGUCAUCGUGGUUGUUGUUGUUACUGUUGCUGUUUUUGUUUUUCUUGGUAUUGUUGUUGUUGUCGUUGUCGUUGUUGCUGCCAUUCUCGUUGUCGUUGUCGUUGUCGUUGUCGUUGUCGUUGUCGUUGCCGUUGCCGUUGCCGUUGUCGUUGUCGUUGUUGUUGUCGUUGUUGUCGUUGUUGUCGUUGUUGUCGUUGUCGUUGUUGUUGUUGUUGUUGUGGUUGUUGUUGUUGUUGUUGCUAAAAUCGUUAAAUUAUUCAUUGUUGUGUUUGUUUGUUUGUUUGUUUGUUUGUUUGUUUGUUUGUUUGUUUGUUUGUUUGUUUGUUUGUUUGUUUGUUUGUUUGUUUGGUUGUUUGCUUGCUUGGUCGCUUGUUUGUUUGCUUGCUUGCUUGCUUAUUCUCGGUACUUAUAUUCUCACAUUUCCACGUUUUGACCCUUCCCCAUGUCCUUUUUCUAUGAGUCUCGUUUUAAAAUAUUUGCUAUUUUUAGCUUCAUGUCCGUCCUUGACACAACUAUCGGACGGUUAUAAAUCGAGUAGAAGUCGAACACAUGGUUCUUCGGUUCAAUUUCGCUGCUCCUAUGGUAAUAAACUGGUUGGUUCAGCUAGAGUGGUGUGCAAUGAUGGUAGAUGGUCAAACCAAAUGCCUAAAUGCCUAGGUACGUUACCAGUUUUCACGAGAAUAAGCAUAAGGCCGAGGUCAAACAAAGGCGAGAGUUCCGUGAGAGUUUUCUCAACUCGUUAAUGUACGCUUAUUCACCCUAUUCAUUUGGUUGACUUUUCUUUAUUUAAUUUCCGCCAUAGCAAUUUUUUUCCAAUUUCGUUUAAAAAUUGACCAACUAUUUUGCCAAAAUAUUUUACAUUUUGAUCAACUUUUUAAACUUAAAAAUUAUGGGGGGGGGGUGUCUCACCGACACACCUCCCCGGGUAUCGACGACGUCCCUGCCUUUAUUUUGACAAGAAUUGCAACAUGUGUAUCUGAUAACUGUAGAUUUCGGAUUUGUUCAUGCAGAUAUAUAGAGGAUAUUACUCGGCGGCGCGAAGAUAUGACUUUUAUCUUCGAGUGGUGAAAACAAUAUUUUACGAACGAGCGCGGCGAGUGAGUAAAAGAAUGUUUUUAAUGCGAGAAGUUAAAAGUCAUAUCUUCAAGCCACCGUGUAAUGUUCUGUUUAUUAUAUAGUCCCAAGCAAAAAUUGUGAAAUUUCACGCUCAAAAGCAAAUUGGAAAAAGGCACGUGAUCGAUAUCUUCACUAUGGAAAAUAUCUCACUGUGUAUUUUCCAUGCAGUAUCUCACUUUCUACUAUAUAAUAAAUUUUGAUAACAUUCUUUUUAAUUCUAUAGCCAUGUGCAAUAGAAUUCGAAGCACUGGAAAUGGAUGGGUUUACGGAAGGGGUAAUUUAGAAGGAGAUAAGCUGAGUUUCCGUUGCAGAACUGAUUAUAUUUUGGAUGGCGAGCAGUUUAUCAAAUGCACUGGGAAUAGGCGAUGGAAUGCAACGAAACCAACGUGUAGAGGUUGGUAGAAGACCUGUAUAUGACGGGGAAAGGGAAUGGUUUUGGCAAGUGGCGAUAAUUGGGAUCUCGGCAGCAAACAAAUUGAUCUUUACUAUCUUAACUAAUGAAUGGCUUCUUUUUUGUGUCCGUAGCACCAUGUAGAAAGCUCAACGCACGAGCUCAUUCAAGAAUCACAAAAGGAGGUUUUAGACAUAAAGAAGAUAUCAAAUUUCAAUGUAAUCCAGACUAUUACCUGCACGGAAGUAACGUCUUGACCUGUUCAGAUGGAACAUGGAAUGGUGCUCUUCCGACUUGUUUAGGUAUAAGUGUAAAGCACGACCAGAAGUUGAUUCAUGAUCUUUGUCUAUAUUGAGUCAUAACCAGUGUGGCCAGUUUAUACUUAACCCCUUUCUGACACUUUCCAGGCAACAUUUUUGCCAUUCCUUCCCCGUUUAAUAAAAUCUGGAAAUACAGAAACUAUGUGCGUUAAGGAUGGUUUACACUAUCAAAAUUUCUGUGAUCACAGCAGGAAUUUUGUAGAAGGAUUCGUAGAAAAUGUUUGAAGGAACUGACUCAAUGUUAUACCCUGAAUCAAUUCCUUCAAAAUUUAAACAUUUCUUACACAUCUUUCGAAAAUGUAUAAAUACGCAGACAGUUCCCUCAAAUAUUUUAAUAAAUCUUUCAAAACUUAGAAUUUACCUAUGCAAAUCCUUCUGUUAUCACAGAAACUUUGAUAGCAUUAUUAAUUUGUAAUGUAAAUUUACGUCUUGCUAUGUUUUAAGUGUUUUGGGGUUGUAGUAAUUGUAUUUUGUCAAAAUUCUUAGAAACGGACCCACCAAAAAUGUGCAUAAAAUAGUACAGACUAUAGCAAGGCUCUUUCAGGGAAAGCAUGAUUUAAUGAUUCAUAAUCCAAUACCCUGGAGGUGGAAUUGAUUUUAGCGAACGAGCAAAUUAUGAAGAAACAAAGAAAUACUUUGGGUUCUCUUAUUCAUCUCCCUCCCAGCGCUCUACUAGAAAAUCUAGUUAUGCUUAUUGUAUCCCUAAACGUAAUGUUUAAUAUCUUGUUUCUCUGCUUUUUCUUGGUGUCAUUGGUAUUUUAAUCAAUAUGAUAUAACUCAAUGUACUCAAUGUAUGUCCAUUAAUUCUAUUUCCCGAUUAAAAUACUGGCAUGUUUGAAUUAUUGAGAUCAUAACUUCUACAACUGUUAAAAUGAGAUCAAGUGAACAAAAAGCAGCCAAACACGUUAGUAUAUUACACAAAUAACUUUAUAACUUUUAAAUCUAAGUGAAGCCAGGAGGGCUGUAAGAAGUUAACUUAGAUACAUAACGUAUACCUAUACUAAUUUUGAAAGAAUUUAAGCAAACCACAGGUUUUUAGAUCUGCUGAUAGUCGUGGUAGACUGUUUCACAGAUUUGCAGAUCUGACAAAGAACGACUUUUACUCUUUCUAACUCCAGAUUAUUUUACUCUGUCUAACGCCUGACGGUUUUACUCGUCAGGGGGAGAGUGCUGCCACUCAAUGGGUUAACAUUAUAUUCAGGAUGACAACGUUGUUGAGGAUACCUCUGCGACCACAAAUUAUUCAAACGUUUUGUUUUGCAUAAUGAAUUUUUUUAUUUCGAAGGCAUGUUUUCUAAACGAGUCUAUUAUAAAAUUUAACACACAAGUUCUAUAUCUUGACGGCAAUGCUGAACCUGUGAUGUUUUUUUUUGUAGAGAAGUGCUCAGAUCCAUCAGGAAACACGAAUGCAAAUGUGAUAGGCAAGGAGUUCUUUCAUGGCAAGAAAGUCGAGUUUGUCUGUCCCAGAGAUUCCAUUCUUGUUCCUGCAAGUUCCAGAAGGUUGACAUGUCAAAAUGGACAAUGGAGGGGGACGAUACCUUCAUGUAAAGGUACGGUGGAGUAGAGGGAUUAUUACGCGAAUAAAACGUGUUGUUGUUCUCGUUAUUGUUGUUUAUACCAUUGUUCUUGUACUGUUCCUGCUUGUUGCGGAUGUUGUCUGUCAAUAUUAUUGGUGGUGGUACUUUUUUUAUUGUUCCUUCUUGCUUGCUUGUGUAUUCUCGGUACUUAUAUUCUCGCAAUUCCACGUUUUGGCCCUUUCCUAUCUCCUUUCUCUAUGAAUCUCGUUUUAAAAUAUUUGCUAUUUUUAGCUUCAUGUCCGUCCUUACCACAACUAUCCGACGGUUCUAAAUCGAGUAGAAGUCAAACACAUGGUUCUUCAGUUCAAUUUCACUGCUCCCAUGGUCAUAAACUGGUUGGUUCAGCUAGAGUGGUGUGCAAUGAUGGCAGAUGGUCAAACCAAAUGCCUAAAUGCCUAGGUACGUUACUAGUUCUCACGAGAAUAAGUAUAAGAACGAGGUCAAACGAAGGUGAGAGUUCCAUGAGAACUAGCGAGAGCUUGCGUGAGAGUUUUCCCAACUCGUUAAUGUAUGCUUAUUCACCCUAUUCAUUUGGUUGACUUUUCUUUAAUUUUUUAUUUAAUUUCCGCCAUAGCAAUUCUUUUCCAAUUUCGUUUAAAAAUUGACCAAUUAUUUUGACAAUAUAUUUUACAUUUUGACCAACUAUUUAAACUUAAAAAUUAUUGGGGGGUCUCACACCGAUACACCUCCCCGGGUAUCGACGACGUCCCUGCCUAUAUUUUGACUAGAAUUUCAACAUGUGUAUCUGAUAAUUGUAGAUUUUCGAUUUGUUCAUGCAGAUAUAUAAAGGAUUUUACACGGCGGCGCGAAGAUAUGACUUUUAUCUUCGAGUGGUGAAAACAAUAUUUUACGAACGAGCGCGGCGAGUGACUAAAAUAUUAUUUUUAAUACGAGAAGAUGAAAGUCAUAUCUUCAAGCCACCGUGUAAUGUUGUGUUUAUUAUACAGUCCCAAGCAAAAAAAUGCGAAAUUUCACGCUCAAAAGCAAAUUGGAAAAAGGCACGUGAUCGAUAACUUAACCAGUGAAGAUAUGGAAAAUAUCUCACUGUGUAUUUUUCAGUAUCUCACUCUCCACUAUAUAAUAAAUUUUGAUAACAUUCUUUUUAAUGCUAUAGCCAUAUGCAAUACAAUUCGAAGCAUUGGAAAUGGAUGGGUUUACGGAAGGGGUAAUUUAGAAGGAGAUAAGCUGAGUUUCCGUUGCAGAACUGAUUAUAUUUUGGAUGGCGAGCAGUUUAUCAAAUGCACUGGGAAUAGGCGAUGGAAUGCAACGAAACCAACGUGUAGAGGUUGGUAGAAGACCUGUAUAUGACGGGGGGAGGGAAUGGUUUUGGCAAGUGGCGAUAAUUGGGAUCUCGGCAGCAAACAAAUUUACCUUCACUAUCUUAACUAAUGAAUGGCUUCUUUUUUUGUGUCCGUAGCACCGUGUAGAAAGCUCAACGCACGAGCUCAUUCAAGAAUCACAAAAGGAGGUUUUAGACAUAACGAGGAUAUGAAAUUUGAAUGUGAUCCAGACUAUUACCUGCACGGAAGGAAUGUCUUGACCUGUUCAGGUGGAACAUGGAAUGGUGCUCCUCCGACCUGUUUAGGUAUAAGUAGAAAGCACGACCAGAAGAUCUUUGUCUAUGUUGAGUCAUAACCAGAGUGGCCAGUUUAUACUCUAUUCCUUUAUGGCACUUUCCAGGCAACAUUUAUGCCAUUCCUCCCCCGUUUAAUGAAAUCUAAAUAUACAGAAACUAUGUGUGUUAAUUUAAGGAUGGUUUACACUAUCAAAGUUUCUGUAAUCACAGUAGGAAUUUUGUAGAAGGAUUCGUAAGAAAUGUUUGAAGGAAUUGACGCAGUGUUUAUAUAUACACUGAAUCAAUUCCUUCAAAAUUUAAAUUCGUAAACAGUUCCCUCAAAUAUUUUAAUAAAUCUUUCAAAACUUAGGAUUUACAUAUGCAAAUCCUACUGUGAUCACAGAAACUUUGAUAGCAUAAACCAUUCGUGUUAUGCUUUCAUUAUUUUUUAAUGUAAAUUUACGUCUUGCUACGUUUUAGUAAUUGUAUUCUGUCAAGAUGUUUAAAAAUAGACCACUCCCCUCUCCCUCUAAAAAAUGUACAUAAAAUAGUACAGACAAUAGCAAGGCUCUUUCAGGGAAAGCAUGGUUAAUAGGUUUAUACCCUGCAGGAGGUGAAAUUGGUUUCAGCGAACAAGAAAACUAUGGAGAAACAAAUAGAAGUACUUUGGGCUCUCUUAUUCAUCUCCCUUCCACUUCCACUUCGACCCUGUGCUCUAAUAGAAAAUCUAGUUCUGUCUUUUGUAGCCCUAAACGUAAUUAAUGUCUAAUAUCUUGUUUCCCCAUAUGUUAUUGUAUUAAACAAAAUUCAGUUCUGAAUUGAGAAUUUUUUUAAUGAAUGAUGUCUCUGAACGAAAAUUCUUUCAAUACAAUACAUCCAAUUAAUUUUGUUUACUUCUUAAACGUUUCAUUAUCACUAUGAAUGUUUUAGCGCUAUUUUAUAGGAGACCAGUGCUUUUUCAUGGUGUCAUUUAAUCAAUAUGAUAUAACUCAAUAUACUCAAUGUAUGUCCACUAAUUCUCUUUCUCGAUGAAAAUAUUGGCAGAUUUGAAUUAUUGAGAUCAUUACCUCUACAACUGUUAAAAAAUUUGUGGCUUGGCGGAACCAUGGAUAAUAAAAUAAAUGGAUAGAAAACUAGCUGAUGUGAUCUAAUGUUUUCAAUGGGCUGACGGCGUGGUUGGAUGUUGAAACCUAGUUGCAAACCAAAUUCUAAAAACGGCAUGUUUAGCAAUAAUACAGUUAAACAUUUUAGUCAAAGACCAAAUGAAUAUAACUACGUCAUUCUACGAUGAAAUCUCUAAGUAUUCCCAGUCAAUGUUAGCAAAUAUUUCAAGCGCUAAACAGUGAAAAAUGCAUCCAAAAUUUCGUUAAAAUUGGGGGCGCCAAUUUCGUAGCUACAAAUGUAAAAAAAUACAAUACAAAGACGAAAAACAUUUACUUUGAAUACUUUGUCGUGGCUUAGGCAUGUUUUUUAAAACAAUUAGACCAGUUGAUGCUUCAAUAUUACUCUUUUAAAGCGGAAAGUAAAGCGAAACAAAAGAAUGCUGAGAACUUUGCAAUAUGUGUGACGUCACAGAUUGCAACUAUAUGUUGUUUUUGCUUACGUCAGCUAGAGUCCUAUCCAUUUAUUUUAUAAUCCAUGUCGGAACUACAGCUUCGUUUGGUAAAAGAAAUUGCUCGUCUGUAAACGAAACAAACCGGGAAGACAUUUUGUUUUGGUCCGGAGAUGAAUCGUGCAAGGAUGUCCGAAGCUGAGCAACCAUUCAAAUUACGCGAAAAGCACUUUCCGCCUCCCGAUAUAUAUGCUAAUGCUGAUUAUAUAGUUUUUUUUUUAUCAAACAUUAUACAUGUAUAUACGUCUUAAUCUUCAGCUCCUUGCAGACGGUUUGGUGUGCAACCAUUCCGUGGUGGUUAUAUAAGGCGAGAUGGUUACAGACAUAAUGAGGAAGUCACAUUUGGAUGUAGAGAUCCUUUGGUUAUUGAUGGUCAGGUUACCUUACGUUGCAAUGAUGGGACAUGGAAUAGCAGACUACCUACCUGUGGAGGUUUGUGUAUAUUCCUAAAGGGUCGAAUGUUGACCGUCUAAAACAACGUGAUAACCCGAAACACCAUCUUCGUUCUUUCCUUAGUCUUCAACCCGGAAGAUGCAGUUGGCAAUAUAUCUCAUUUCAAAUAUUUACGAUUAUUGGACGUGGUUGGGCAAAACAUCGUGAUUUGUCAGUAGCGUGCACAUCAAUAAAUGUUUCGAUUCAGCAAUAUCCGCGUUCAAUAAUUGACUAACCGUACUAUUUCAUAUUUCGCAUGCAAUUAUUCACUAUAAUUUCUGUUAUUCGUAUUGCAUUGCACGAGUUUUUAAAGAUUAACAAGCCAGUGCAACACAAAUCAUCCCAUUGUCAGCCGAAACUGAUCAACUUGUCUUGGAACACAUCAAAUAGGCCUACAUUUAAACAUGACGUAUUUAUUAAAGGCAGAUUUUGUUACUUUUUUUGUAUUUUUGACAUGUUUGUCGAAGCGAACGAGUGGUUAACCUCCCGACAAAGCGCUUAUGCGACGAAAUUCCACAACAUUUUAAUCAUGAAAGCAUGGUAAAAUUAAUUUAAAAUGACUAGUAAUAUAUUUUGAAAUAUUUUGAAAUGUUGGAUGUCAAAAUAUACUAUGAUGUCAAAAUACAUAAACGCUUUCUGAACGAACUUUUAUAGCUCUUAUAGAUAAUAUAUUGACGCAAUACAUGUUCACAGUUUUAUGGCGUCAAUGCACAAUAUUCCAAGACCUUGAAAUUUUUCAGAAAGUCAUUGUGCAAUGUGAUGUCAUAUAGUAAGGAUAAUUUGCGUACCAAAAAUGUUUAAAUAUCUCAAGAACGAAACAAGCUAAGAGAGCUUGGCAAAAUUUCGUUACAUAAGUACUUUUACAAACUCCGUCAAAGGCGAAUAGUGAAAUUGAUAUUUUGCAGCUGACAAUUGCUUUAAAAAGUGUGCAUGCCCAAUUAAUUGUUUAUAACACGUAUUAUUUGCUGUCAACAUAAUAAAUAAUAUGAGCACCAGUUAUUUGCAAAAAGUAGUCAAUCAAAGUUGAGAAAAUAAUUAUGAGUCAUAACCAAAUUUACUCAUGAUUUGGGAAUUAUGAUCUGCUAUAAAUUUGAAACCCAUUUCUGAAUUGUGAGUUUGUCUGUUCCAUUUAUUGGUAUAACAAAAUCCAAUUACAAUAUUGCAUUCCUACAGACCCUUGCAGAAAACUUCCACCGCCGAGAAAUGGUGUAAUCAUAACGAAUGGAUACAAACAUAAAGAAACACUUACCUUCGGAUGCGAUCAAGGAUUUCAAAUACAGGCACUAGUGUACACAAAUGCACCUUCUUUCUCCUUGUAUGAUUUUGUCAGUCGCAAUUUAUUUGCAAACUUUGGUGUGCAAAGGAGACGAAUUAACAUACGCUGCACAAAAUCCUAUAAGCUUAUGCAACAGUCAAUUCACACUCUUGCGAAGAUUUCUUGUGAAGUGAAACGAAGAUUUCUUCAGAAAUGGGUCAACGCCUCUUUCCAAUACUAA